GUGACCUACAAGCGGGAUCUGUAUGCUGCUGAAUCGAUUAUUAAGGACAAGCUAUCACAACAAGUUUGUGUUACUACCUAUGUGAAGGAAGAUAUGGCACAAGUAGGUUUUCUCCUUCAUGAAUCUCUGAAAAGCCAAAUAAAAGUUGAAGCUGUAUCAAUAUCUCUAAGCAAGAGUGAUAGCCAUCUACAAGACAUCUUUUCAGGAGAGUGCUACAAUUUUGUUUGUAUAAAUGAUAAAAAGUAUGCCAUUGAAGAAACCCAGCAACUAGUGGAUAUGUUGGAAAAAUCAAAUAUUCCCCUGUUAUAUCCAGUCGUCCUUAUUUUGGUGCACUUGGAUGUUUCAGAAGAUACUUCAUGCAGUAUUGGUAUGGAAGAGCUAACUAGGAUCAAGAAAUUUGCAAGGGAAAUGAAAAAGAAAAAUAUUUUGGUUUAUGGACUCCUUAUUCAAUAUAAG